AUGGAUUCCUACGAGCAUCAGUCCGAGCACCGCAAAAAGAGACGACGGCGCGAGGUGUUUCCCCGCCCCAUCUCCGCGCGUCUGACCUUCGACGAUUCCGUCGCUGGAGAUGUCGCCCUGGUCUCAGCUUCUCUCUGGCAGCUAUUAGCCAAAAACAGAACUGAAGCAGCUCCCUCUCGAUCUCCGGCCCCGGUGUACGUUGCCAUUGCUCCCUCCACCGCACUGCACACGACCAUACAAGAUUCAGUCUGGACUAUAUUGCCAGCAGCGGAAGAAAGCAUAAGUGUUGCGCAGCAUGACCAGGGUCAGCAUCCCAGCAUCAGACUCUCCUCCAAAUCCUCCACCUGCGCAUCCUUCCUCAGAGCUCUCGCCGCGCUCGACCACCAUCGACAUGGCGGUCGCGUUCCGAAAACCAUCGACGUCAAGGCGCUGUCGGCUGCACCUCUAGCCCUCGAAACCGUCUAUGUCGAGGUUGAAAAGGGUCUUCUCGAAAAGGUUGACGAGAUUCAGACCAAGUUCGGUGGUGGCUUCCAGCAGCAUGGCAAGGCUUGGAAAACCCCCAACAAGUUCCAUGUCGAUGACCUCAAGAUGAAGCCCGAGGAGCGCCUGAAGACUCUCAUCCGAGGAGCGUUGUCACAUCUGUCCGUCAUCCACGCCGGUGAUGUAUUUCCCUUGCCUCUGCCGCCGCAUCCAAUAACCCACGCUCGACCGUCUCCUGCCACAGCUAUCGAAUGCGAGCCUGUCUCUCAAGGGCUGGUUUCGUCAAAGACCAAAAUCGUGCUCAUUCAGUCUGGCGCUUCGCACGCCAAAGCAGUCCAAAAGCUGGAGUCUACGCAGCCCAUCAUUGAAGAGUCACUGGAGGAUACGGCGGAAGACACCUCAAACGACCAAUACUAUUCUGCUGCCGAAGAUCGCUCAACCACCACCGCAUCCGAGGCCGAAGCGGAUCACGAGGAUGAGUCUGAGAAUGAGAAUCAAGAGUCCGACCAGGACCAGAGCGAUGAGGAUUCGGAUUCGAUGGAGGAUAUGAUUUCUCUUUCUGCCCCCGGCUUGCCUCCACAACAGGCCGGUACUUUGUCUGCCAUGACUAGCGCAACCCCGCGGCCGGGUGACCGAAGAGGCAUGCAAACUCCAGGCUCGGUUUAUUCCAGCUUCAGUGCUGCUACCGCUCGAGCAGGAAACAGGCCGGGCAAGGUAUUCCGAACCGAACCUCUCUUGAGGAGGAUCCCAACGGACUUGCUCUAUCCCAAGCCGAUGGCAGACGACGACCAAGAUUCAUUUGUGUUUGUAGAUACGAGCACUUUGGCCAAAAUCGACUGCUUUUCCGGUGACUGGGUUCGUAUUGAAGUGUCGAAGAAUGUGAGCCUGGGAAGUCUGCCCAUCGCUUCUUUCGGUGCUUUGAGAGGGCUUGGAGAGGAUGAAAGUGACUGGCGGGCGGUGCGCAUAUUUGGGCUUUCCGGUAUUUCGGACCAGAAGGCUCGCUAUGCCGUCGACAAAACGGGUGAUCGAAGGACAAGCUUCACUCACCGCGACUCGGGAUUGUCUCUGACACCACAAAUUUUCCUAUCGCCGAUUCUCCUUGCGAAUCUCGGAAAUGCGUCGUUCCUCAAAGUUGGCGCUCUGCCAAAGCCCCCAAGACACGACAUCAGGCAGAGACCUCCAACGUCAAAAGCUCCACCAUUCGCAAUCAAUGUCUCCCUCGUAGGUGUCCCGUCACCAGUCAACAAAAGGAGCGAGUUGGACGCUGCGAUUAUGUCAGGUCUGAAGCAGACAUUUGAACUGGAAAAGAGACUCAUCAAGAGAGGCGACCUGCUUGCUAUCCCAGUGGAUCAAGAGCUUGGAAGUGUCAUCGCGCCGACCGGACCAGGUAGCAAUGACACGACAGCUGAAGAGCUGAGUGGCAAACUGCAGGCUCUGGAUCUCGGUCGAAACAAGCAAAACGCGAUCGCUUGGUUCUAUGUUCAAAGUCUAGACGCCGAAGAGCAGUCCGACCGCAACGACCUUGACGGUGGACAUCCAUGGGGCGGUGUCGCUGUUGUGGAUAUCUCGACUGUCAGGCUCAACGCAACAAAGUCUUCUCAAGAUGGGAGCAGAGCAGCCAGCAUCUCGGAAUCAACAGAACUUUGGUCAAGCUACUGGCUGGGGUUGAGGACUGUUCCUCACCAAAAUGCCUACAGAUCCGAUAUUAUUGCUACGCCUUCGGCUCUGCCACAGCCACAAAAAUUACCACUGGAGACGAAGUUGAAGAACUUGAUCUCGGCAGCAAUCAGCCCACGAGCAAUCAAUUUAGGGAUGCCACCAGUUGUGAUUCUUCUGCAUUCUACACAGCGACAAGUUGGCAAGGUCUACACUGCAAACACAGCCUGCGCUGCAGUUGGCGUUGACACGUGGAAGAUAUCCGGGCAGGAUCUGCUGUCCGAAAACGCAUCGACUACUGGGGGUGGAGAUGUCAAGACAGAGGCCACUCUCAAAGCCAGGGCAGAGCUGGCUUUGUCAUGCGGCCCACGACGAACGGCGGUACUGAUUCAGCACGUUGAUGUUCUGACGGCUGCUCGCAUCCAACCUGCGCUGGAGGAGAUCAUCAAGUCGUCUCGAGUUCUGAUCGCCACCACUUCCAAGAUUGAUGAUGUUCCUGAUGGCAUCCGGAGCCUCUUCACGCAUGAAUUCGAAAUCUCUGCCCCGAACGAGAAUGCUCGUGAGGUCAUCCUCCGCAAUGCCUGCAUCGCAAGUGCCUUACCACUUUCGCCCAGCAUCAAUCUCAAGAAUAUUGCUCUGCAGACUGCCGCUCUCGUGGCUGGCGAUCUCAUUGACGUAGUCAAUCGCGCUUCAUUAGCACGAGAACAUCGUCUCCUCGAGCUAGCUGAAACCGAGUCUUGCAGCAUAGCCGAUAUCAUGGUCUCGGGUGGUCAAGCAACUACACACCUGCUCCCUUCCGACUUCACUGGUGCCAUUUCUGCCGCUCGCGCUACUUUCUCUGACGCGAUUGGUGCCCCUAAAAUCCCGACGGUGACAUGGCAAGAUGUCGGCGGACUUGCUGCACAGAAAGAUGCCAUCAUCGAGACCAUUUCUCUGCCGCUGAGCCAUCCCGAACUCUUUGCCAAUGGCAUCCGCAAACGCUCUGGCAUUCUGUUCUACGGGCCGCCUGGCACGGGUAAAACCUUGCUCGCGAAAGCGAUUGCCACAGAAUUUUCUCUGAACUUCUUCUCUGUGAAGGGCCCCGAGCUGCUCAACAUGUAUAUCGGCGAAUCGGAAGCCAAUGUCAGACGUGUGUUUCAGCGUGCUCGAGAUGCUCGCCCAUGCGUCGUCUUCUUCGACGAGUUGGACUCUGUGGCGCCGAAGCGUGGCAACCAAGGCGACUCAGGUGGUGUCAUGGAUCGUAUUGUGUCUCAGCUGCUAGCAGAGCUGGAUGGCAUGUCUUCCUCGUCACCUUCAGAUGACGACGACCCGACUUCGUCCAAUGCGUCAGGCGGUUCUGGAGUCUUUGUUAUUGGCGCAACCAAUCGUCCUGACCUUCUGGACCCUGCACUACUUCGUCCUGGCCGCUUCGACAAGAUGCUGUAUCUUGGCGUGGCAGACAGCCACGACGCGCAAGCAACGAUCUUGAAGGCCCUCACCCGCAAAUUCACCCUCGAUGACUCGGUAGAUCUGAUGCGAGUCGCCAGUCGCCUACCAUUCACGUAUACAGGUGCAGAUCUCUACGCUCUCUGUUCGGACGCCAUGCUCAAAGCCAUCACCCGUAAGACGGAAGCAGUCGACAAAAAGGUCCAAGAGAUCUCAGAAACACGAGGCGAGGAAAUCACCACAGGCUAUUUCUUCGACCACCUAGCCACCGCAGCAGAUACCGAGGUUGUCGUCAACGAAGACGACUUCCAAGCCGCACACGCCGAACUAGUUGGCUCCGUCAGCCAGAAAGAACUCCAGCAUUUUGAACGGGUCCGCUCCCUCUUUGAGGAGCAGGAUAUCGGCAAGGGCACAGAAGCUGAGAAGAGGCAACAGCAGCAACAGCAGCAAAACCUACCAAAAGCACAGCUCAACCGACAAAACACAGCCAUCCACUCUCCGCCCGCCCCCAUCGACGGCGACAACACUCCUCCCUCGCCCCUUCAGUUCGCCACGCCUCCCCAACAACGCCAGCCCGGCCUCGCCGCCCUACAGGGCCUGCGUACUCUCAGCAACAGUGGCGGCGGCGGUAAUAAAGGCAAAGGCAAACAGCCACAGCCACAGCAGCAGUCACAGAAUCCGCCGGUCAAGUCUAUGUGGAGUCAAGGUGGCGGUGGUGGCGCGCAGAGAAACAACGCACGCAUCGCGAAUCCGGAUUCGGGCGCUGAAGAGGAUCAUUACUUGAGUCGGGUGGACCCCGUGGCGGAAGGGGAGGAGGCGGAUGCAGAUGCGGAUGUCAGUGCGGCGGGCGAGAGUGAUUGGGGGAUGAGUAGGAGGGGUCUUGGGUUGGCAGGUGGGGGUGGAGGUGUCAAUGGGAUGGCGGGCAUGAAUACGAAUGUGAGUAUGAAUAUGAAUGGGAGUGUCGUGGGUGGGAAGGGGAAGGGGAGGGCGGGAGCUGGUGGUAGCGGUGGCGGUAAAGGAGGUGGUGUCGGUGUCAGUGCUGGUGAGGGUGAGGGCGAUGCUGCCGGGGCAAUGUUCCACAGUGAUCUGGGCGAGGACGAGGAGCUUUAUGACUCUUAG